AUGGAUUUAAAUAUGCUUGGAGGAAAAUCUCACGAUUCUGAUGAAAACAGAGAGGGUAAAAAAAAAAUUGAUGACGUAAAUGGUGAUUAUGGCAGUAAAACAGGUGGUAGUAAUGGCAAAGGUCACGGUCGUAGAAGAGACAGUAGUAUCAAUGGAGAAGGCAGUAAAAUAAAUAACAAAGAUAAGCAGUAUCCUAGAUCGAAAACAGAACAUAGUAAUAGCGGCGGGAGAAAUUUAAUCGCAUCGAUGGUACCAAAUAAAUUAAAUCCAACAAGGCAAAAAUUAUUGAAGGCAAUCAAAUUAAAGAAUCACAAAGAAUCUUUAGAACAUUGUACAAAAUUAAUUCAAAAUAAACCCAACUCAUGUACAUACAGAUGUGAACGGGCAGAGAUUUUUCUAAAUCUUGGUGAGAAAUCACAAGCACUUGAAGAUUUGGACCAUGUUCUUAAACUCAAACCAGAUAAAUCACAUGCUCUAUUUCUACGUGGAAUAUUAUUGUACAGAGAUUUUGAUAAGAAAAACCAAGCAAUCGAUGAAUUACGUAAAGCAUUGAAAAUAGAACCAAAUAAUACAUUGGCAUUUGAAUCACAUAAAAUUUGUGCCGAGUAUUUUACACAAGAGAAAAAUAACUCCGAAAUGAUUUACCAUGUGAAUGCAGGACUGCUAAUUAAAUCACAAGAUCCUUGGUUAUUAAAUAAACAAGCUUUGAUACAUUAUCAAAGAAAUGAGUUCUCGUUAGCAAUUGGUAGUUUAAAUAUAGUUUUGUUGGCAGAACCCGACAAUAUUGACGCUUUACAUCUUAGAGGGGAUACUUAUAAAAAAUUAUCAAAUUAUCAAAAAUCAUUAAAAGAUAUCACUAAAGCUUUGGAUCUGUCUCCAACAAAUCCUUUGCUUAUACUAAAAAGAGCAAAAUUAUUUAAAUUAUUAGAAAAAUAUGAGGAAUCAUUGAAUGAUUUAGAACAAUUAAUUGGACUAUCGCUAGAUCCUAAAUCUGCCAUUACUGCAUCUCUAUUCAGUAAUCGAGGUCAAGCAUAUCAAGGUUUAUCUAGAUAUAAAGAGGCACUUAAUGAUUACACUAAAGCAUUAAAUUUGAAACCUAAAGCAUCUACUUAUAGAAGACGUGCACAAAUUUAUCAAAUUUUACGGCAAUACCAAGAUGCAGUAGGAGAUGCUAAAUUAGCAUUAAAGAUUGGUAAGGGGAAUGAUGCUAAAGCUGCCACAUUACUUAAUCAACUCUAUGCACAAUUGAAUCGGUAUGAUGAUGCAUUAAAUUUGUUGGAUGAAUCAUUAAAACUAUUUCCAAAUGAUGCAAAAAGACUAUCUGAAAGAGGAACUGUCUAUAAAGCUCUGAAAAGAUAUGAUGAGGCAUUGAGUGAUUUGAAUAAAGCAUUAUCAAUCGAUGCAAAAAACGUUCUUGCAUAUCUUUCCAGAGCAAAAGUCUAUAGGGAACGAAAGGACUAUGUUAAUUCAUUGUCAGAUAUGAAUUCUGCUAUUGGAAUAGAACCACAAAAUGCUAAACUUUUAAGAAAUCGUGGAAAAAUAUAUACAUUAAGUGGAAAAUAUAAUCUAGCUCCGAAUGAUCCAAUUGCCUUACAUGAUAGAAGUGAAUCAUUAUAUAAACUGAAUAAAUUCAAUGAAGCUUUAAAUGACAUCAAUAAAUCCUUGGAAUUAGAAGAGAAUAAUACUAAUUCAUACGAAUUGAGAGCUUUAAUAUAUGAAGAACUUGGUGACCAUAAGGGUGCUGUAUCAGAUUUAAGUAAAUUGUUGGAAAAAACCCCUAAAAAUAAAGAAAUAUUGCUUCAUAGAGCAAAAAUUUACGAGUCACAAGAUCAGUAUUACGAUGCAUUGAAUGAUUGGUGCCAAUUGGUGAAAUCAGAACCCAAAAACUUGAAAUAUUUGGAGAAUCGAGCUAGAUUGUUAUUGGAAUUGUGUAGAUAUGAAGAUGCAAUUAAAGAUUAUGAUGAAUUGCUGAAACUUUCACCAAAAAAUACAAUAUUUAUGUCUGCAAAAUUCGAAGUUUAUCAAUAUUUUAAUAAGACAGAUGAGGCAAUUGAAGAAUUAACAAAGUUAAUUGCGGAAAAAGAAAAACAAAUUGAUAAGAUGAAUCUAGGUGAUAAGAAUAAAAUGGCGGGCCCAAUUGAAGUAAUAAAUCUAACCGGACAAGUUGUUUUAAAUGACAUAAUACCAUUAUAUGUUGCAAGAGGGACUCUUUAUCAUUCCAAAGGAAACCAAAAAGAGGCAGCAUUGAAAGAUUUCAACAAUGCAUUAGGAAUCAAUUCCAAUACAAUGGAACCAAUUAAUUAUACCAAAGAACAGCUUAGGGCAUUGUGUUAUCGUGGAUGUAUCAAUCGGUCGUUGGUAGAUUUUCAUAAAGUGUUGGAAAAUGAACCUAAUAAUAUUUUAGCAUUAUGUGAACGAAGUGCUAUUUAUAGAGAUCUAGAUUAUCAUACUAUAGCUUGGCAAAAUAUAAAGAAAGUUUUAGAUGAACCUAUGUUUGAUGACAAUAAUGCUCAUUCUAUUUUAGUAAAUUAA